AUGUCGUCAAGCGGCGAGUCAACUACUACUGCAUCUGCACAGUUCCUUUCAAACAUAAUAGGGCAAUCCGUGGUUGUCAAGCUGCACAAUGGAAUGCUGUAUCAAGGUGUACUAGAAUCUAUUGAUGGGUUCAUGAACAUUGCGCUAAACCAGGCAACGGAGCACUACGAAACGGCUUCGAACGGAUUGCUCCAUCGCUACGACGGCGACGUGUUUGUGAGAGGUACUCAAGUGCUGUAUAUCAGCGAGGCUUGA